AUGCUUUCCAGAGGCCCAGCGCAAAAUCAAAACACCUACUCCGACUACCAUGAUUACUCCCAAAGGCCCGACCUGAUGACCUCGGCCCCGCAAAGACUAUCCUCCAUCUCACAAUCUCAACAAGACCAUCAAUCCUUCAAGUCAGAGAAUCUUCAAGCUGGUCGGAAGAGACGGGAAAGUGAAAUGGAUGGCAAUGAUACAAGUGAUGCAGGUGUCCGCCGGAGGAUUAGUCGAGCCUGUGACCAGUGUAACCAACUGCGCACAAAAUGCGAUGGAAAGCUGCCUUGCGCCCAUUGCACAGACAAUUCUCUAUCAUGUGAAUACGCUCGUGUUCACAAGAAAAGAGGCAGGGCCCCGAAAAAGGAAGUUGAUCAGCAAGAAGAAUCCAACUAUAUACAUCAGAUCAAUAGCCACACUUCCCAAUCAACGACUGAACAAACAGUUGAUCCACGGAGAUACUCUGGCGCAGCUUUCCAAGCGGCGGAUGGCUUAGUUGAUACCGGUGCUCUGGGUUCUGCAAACACCCCUCCGCCGAGUACCUCGUUCGAGCCGAACCAUCAUCAUCAAAAUGCCUUCUUCGGUGCCUACGACGCCUCCCAAGGGAUUGGAAUGGCACCGACUGGACCACUGCACGACAUGGACCAGUCAAUACUCCCUCAGAUGGCUCAAACUCGAGCCAUGGACUUUGCUAUGCCGAAUCAAUCGUAUUCUACCCAACCUCUCGACUCAAUCAGCGUGCAGGGCCCAAACAACACCGGCUUUGGAUUUCCACUUGGUGAUGACUACUCGGUGGCUUUCAUGGGCAAAGCACCAAUGGUUGAGUCGCCAGAUUGGAUGUCUCUCACAUCACCUCUUUUCAUCACCGAACCUUUGCCCAAUCAACCUCGAAUUACCGAUCAACUGCGAUAUCCUGUACUGCGGCCACUCCUCCCUCACAUCGAGUCCAUUAUUCCACAGGCCCUGGCCUGCGAUCUGCUCGAACAGUAUUUCCUAAGCACGACGUCAGCCUACCUGAGACCGUCCAAUCCGUACGUGCUAGGGUACAUCUUCCGCAAAAAGUCGUUCCUUCAUCCCUCCGAUCCUCGCCCUUGUACGCCGGCUUUGCUCGCGAGCAUGCUGUGGACAGCUGCGCAAACUAGCGAUGCCGCAUUCCUUACAAGUCACCUUGAUGCAAGAGGCCGAAUCUGUCAGAAACUGUUGGAAUUGACGAUCAAUAUGCUGAAGCCACUGAUCCACAGCCACCCUAAUACAUCUGCACCCACUCCAAACCCGACCUAUCCUCAGAUCCAGACCAGCGAUGGAGGACUUGGGGCACUUGUGGUCCCAACCCACUCCAGUGGCCAAGGAGUUGACCGAACUCAAAUCGACAAUCUGGCAACAUAUAUCCACUUGGCCACUGUAGUUUCCGCAAGCGAACGAAAGGCAGCUAGUUUGCGAUGGUGGAAUGCUGCUUGGUCGCUGGCUCGUGAAAUCCGCCUUGGACGAGAAUUGCCUCCAAACCCCACUGAGCAAGAUGGAGAAGAGGGAAGCAAGACUUCUGGUGAUAGUCAUCUCAAGUCAGGGCAACGAGACUUUUUGAGUGAUAACCGACGGAAAACCGUGGGUUACGUAUCGGAAGAAGAAAGAGAAGAACGUCGCCGGACAUGGUGGCUUUUGUAUAUGCAAGAUCGCCAUCUCGCCUUGUGUUACAAUCGGCCCAUGUUCUUUCUCAACAAAGAGUGCGAGGGAUUAUUGCAACCGUUGGACGAUGAGGUUUUCCAAGCAGGUCGUCUGGACAAGGCGGCCGAGACAGCCACUCGGCGGCGCGGCUUGAACAUCGAGUGCACGUCGCAUAGUGUCUUUGGGUAUUUUUUGCCUCUCAUGGUCAUCCUCGGAGAGAUACUUGAUCUCAACCACGCACGAAAUCGGCCACGAUUUGGACCCCGAGCGCGCCAGCCAAAGAGUUGGGACGAGGCCACCGAAGAAAUCACACUGCAACUCGAGAGCUACGGACAGAGCUUGAAAGAUUUUGAAGCUGCAGGCGGUCAUCUCCCCGACAACUCCCAUAACGAUGUGGUCACCCCUUCAGUGGUCUCUGCGGGUACCAAUGAUUCCCAUAAUGCUUCGGAGCUUGCCCUGCAGACCAAGACGGUCGUGGCCUACGGUACCCACAUUAUGCACGUGCUGCAUAUUCUCCUGACCGGAAAAUGGGAUCCCAUUGCAUUGCUUGAUGACAAUGAUUUAUGGAUCUCGUCUCAGUCAUUCGUCACGGCGACAGGACACGCUGUCAGUGCGGCACAAGCAGUGGCCGAAAUCAUUGAGGAUGACCCAGAUCUCAGUUUCAUGCCAUUCUUCUUUGGCGUGUAUCUUCUUCAAGGCAGCUUUCUGCUAUUGCUAUUUGCGGACAAACUGCAAGGAGACGUCAGCCCUGAUGUGGUCAAGGCUUGCGAGACAAUUGUCAGGGCUCACGAGGCAUGCGUAGCCACACUGGACACCCAAUAUCAGCGGAAUUUCAGAAAAGUCAUGCGCUCGGCGCUGCAACAAGUGCGUGGACGCAUUCCUGAAGAUCUUGCAGAACAACAACAUUGGAGACGCGAAGUUCUCGCUCUCUACAGGUGGACUGGCGAUGGCACAGGACUGGCGUUAUAGGCCAGACUCAUCUGUAUUGCUUUAUGGUUCAGGUUCAAUGCAUAGCAUAACGACAAGUUUCACGAUGAGGCGCAGGUAAUUGCACGGUCAUCGAAAUGUCCACGGUCAACAUUGGAGGUCUCACAGUUGACAUAUGAUAACAAUAUUUACUCAUGAUAUAGUAUAAU